AUGUCUUCCGUGCAAGGAGGGGCGUCCAUCAACGGAGAUGUUGAGAGCCCGCCAGCUUCGCCGCCAUACGGAAACGCAAACACCAAACUGAUGGAGACAAUCGUGACGGCCAGGACUGCAUUUCGAAGGGGACUCGGUAGGGGACAGCGCAGAAUGGAACUCGUCAAGCCAUCUAAGCUUACGGAGAAGGCGAAGCGACGCUCGUCACUCAUAUCAGCAGUUUGUGUUGUCUACUGUAUAUUCUUCAGCGUCCUUGGGGUAGUGUUCCCCAUCAGUGGCGCCCUCUCGACUGGCAAUGGCGGAACCCAGGAUAAUCAGACAGAGAUUUUUCACUGCAUCAUGCAUGUCACGUCGAUCAUAAUCCUACUGUACAUGUUCUUCGUGCUGCUGUGUAACUCCCGGGGGUCCGAGGCGAAGAAGACCGGCCUGUCCUGCGUGGACGGAGACGAGGAGCAGCAGGAAUUGCGUGAUUUGAAAUCGGCGCCCGAGCCGGGUGACUUCCCUGCUAUCACUUAUACAGGGGAAGGUCUUAACUUAUACCUCAGACUCGGUGCGGUCGGAUUUGGCCUGGUCGGAGUGGUUUACAGCGGCUUUGAGAUCUCCAUCGUAUUCAAUGGGGAUUCUUUCUUCGACUGCCACAAGCAUAUCUACGGCGCAAUCAAUGCUGUGGCCCAGGCUAUAUUCAUAUUUCUCCAAACAUUCUUCAUAUUCAAAUAUCACAGAGUUGUGAUCAACAAGCACAAGGUUGUCGUCCGAUUCUGUUUUAUGCAUCUUCUUGCGACGAACCUGGCCGUCUGGCUGGCAACUACUACCGCCGAGACCGCCCACGCGCUACGGGAGGCUGCAGGCGAACAUGGUGAAGAGGCCAGCCUCGGGAGUGGUCAUGGAGAGGAAAGUACCAGCUCUGAGGUGAUGGUUGAGGUGGUCACCGGUAGCGUGCUGACCGUGUUUGGCAACAUAACCACGCCACAUUAUUAUGAGGCUGAUGAAACUCUCACCGAGUGCGCACACCGAACAACAAUCAUACAAGGUGUCUCGCCCUACUUGUACCCCUGCCUCAUUGAGUACAGCCUCAUCGCUGCAGCAGUUGCCUACAAGAUGUUCCUUGAUAUCGGGAAGGUGCCUGUUGUGAUGUUCCACCAGGAGGAAAAAUUACUCGUCCAGGCACAGCGUACUGACGACGGUUGCCACAAAGCGAAUCGUGGCCUAUUCUUAGGAUUCCUGCUGCUGAUUCUCACAGUCAUCAGCAUCAUCAUGUUCUUCGUUUACGAGGAAGAAAAUCGUUACACAGCGAAACUAGUUUUCUUUAGUACCGACGCCAUCUUGAAUACCGUCUGUCUCGGCGCCACCAUUGGUGCAAUGGUUAACAUGCGCAAGCUCUCUUUCGUGCCGCUCGAUGAUGAUAGUUUCGACGACAGUCUCUUACUUCUCGCUCAACUGGGGGUCUAUACUUACGAUACGUUCAUAGUAGUCUCAUCAAUGAGUGGAAUUGGCCAAAAUGGCGGCGUGGAAGCAAUUCUGUUCCUGGGGUGCGGUAUUUUGAAUUUCGCGCAGACGACCGUGCAGUCGGUUUUCAUAAUGACGGGGCUCCGGAAAUGUGCUGCAUCCGAUGAUGACGUCAGAAACAAGCCUGGCCGCUUCUUUGUGACUUUUCUGUUGGUUGUCAACCUGGCCACAUGGGUUGUUGUCACGUUUGAAAUGGACAAGGCGGAAUCUAAAAGUAUGCAUAAGGAUUUCUUCGGGAGCAUCGGUUGGAAUAUGAUCCUGAGAUUGACCCUUCCGCUUGUGAUCUUCUAUCGGUUCCACUCAACCGUCUGUUUGGCAGAGAUUUGGCACAAGGCCUACCGAAAGCAAAAAGAUGAAUAA